AGCUCCGGAGCUGCGGGGCGGCGCUGCCCUCCGCCUCGCCUGCCGCCGCCGUCAGGGCGUUCCGCCGCCGUCCCCGCCCCCGGCUCCGCGCCGCUUUGAAGCGGGCUCGGCGGCCGCCCACCCGCCCAGAGCUGCCGGCGCCCAGCCAUGGUGCUGCCCGAGGAGCAGGCCCGGCUGUACCGGCCGCGGCCCGAGCUGCUGCCGGCGGCACACGUCGCGUCGCUGUCCCACUACCAGCGUCUCUACCAGCGCUCCGUGGAGGAGCCGCACGAGUUUUGGGGUGACAUUGCUAAAGAGUUCUACUGGAAGACUCAGCCCACGGGACCCUUUCUGAAGUACAACUUCGAUGUGACCAAGGGAAAGAUCUUCAUCGAGUGGAUGAAAGGGGCGACCACCAACAUCUGCUACAACCUCCUGGACAGAAAUGUCAACGAGAAGCAACUUGGCGACAAAAUUGCUUUUUACUGGGAGGGCAAUGAACCUGGGGACUCCGCCAAGAUCACCUACAGGGAGCUGCUGCACAAGGUCUGCCAGUUUGCCAACAUCCUCCGCAGCCAAGGUGUGAGAAAAGGCGACCGCGUUUCCAUCUACCUGCCAAUGAUCCUGGAGCUGGUGGUAGCCAUGCUUGCCUGUGCCAGGAUUGGAGCCCUGCACUCCAUUGUGUUUGCAGGUUUCUCAGCAGAGUCCCUCUGCGAGCGGAUCCUUGACUGCGGCUGUUCUCUCCUCAUCACGGCAGAUGCCUUUUACCGAGGGGACAAGCUGGUCAACUUGAAGCAGAUUGCAGAUGAAGCCCUCCAGAAAUGUAAAGAGAAGGGCACCCUGUUGAAAAGGUGCAUCGUGGUGAAACAUGUGGGGAGGGAAGAGGCAGCAGUGGAUGGAUCAUGCAGCAGGUCUCCUCCUCUCAAGAGGCUGUGCCAGGAUGUACAGGAAAAAAAGGCUGAGAGCUCAGAGAGACUCCAUCCCAAGACCCCCUGGAACCCAGCAGUGGACGUGUGGUGGCAGGAGCUGAUGAGCGGCGCCGGCAGCGAGUGCGAGCCCGAGUGGUGUGACGCGGAGGACGGGCUCUUCAUCCUCUACACCAGCGGCUCCACCGGCAAGCCCAAGGGUGUGCUGCACACAGUGGGCGGAUACAUGCUCUUUGCUGCCACCUCCUUCAAGUACGUGUUCGAUUACCAGCCUGAGGAUGUGUACUGGUGCACUGCCGACAUUGGGUGGAUAACCGGCCACUCCUACAUCACCUACGGCCCCCUGGCCAACGGGGCAACCAGCGUGCUGUUUGAAGGUGUCCCCACCUACCCCGACGCGGGGCGCGUGUGGAGCGUCGUGGACAAGUACAAAGUGACCAAGUUCUACACGGCGCCCACAGCCAUCCGGCUGCUGAUGAAGCACGGGGAGGAGCCUGUCCAAAAGCACAGCAGGAAGACGCUGAAGGUGCUGGGGAGCGUUGGGGAGCCCAUCAACCCUGAGGCCUGGCUGUGGUACUACCGCGUGGUGGGAGAGGAGAGGUGUCCCAUUGUGGACACCUUCUGGCAGACAGAGACAGGUGGCCACAUGCUGACACCCCUUCCUGCUGCCACCCCCAUGAAGCCAGGCUCUGCUACAUUCCCCUUCUUUGGUGUGGUCCCUGCCAUCCUGAACGAGUCGGGGGAAGAGCUGGAAGGAGCAGCAGAAGGCUACCUGGUGUUCAAGCAGCCCUGGCCAGGAAUCAUGCGCUCGCUCUACGGGAACCACCAGCACUACGAAACCACCUACUUCAAGAAGUUCCCUGGCUACUAUGUGACAGGAGAUGGCUGCAGGAGGGAUCAGGAUGGUUAUUACUGGAUCACGGGGCGGAUCGAUGACAUGCUCAAUGUUUCUGGCCACCUGCUGAGCACCGCAGAGGUGGAGUCGGCCUUGCUGGAGCACACUGCCGUCUCAGAGGCUGCCGUGGUCAGCCACCCACACCCCCUGAAGGGGGAGAGCCUCUACUGCUUCGUGACCCUGAGGGAUGGCCACGAGUUCAGCAAGAAGCUGGCAGAUGAGCUGAAGAAGCAAGUCAGAGAGAAAAUUGGGCCCAUAGCAACACCUGAUUACAUCCAGUAUGCUCCCAGCCUGCCCAAAACCCGCUCAGGGAAGAUCACCAGGAGGAUCCUGAGGAAGAUUGCCCAAAACGACCAGGAGCUGGGGGACAUCUCCACCUUGGCAAACCCAGGUGUCAUCAAACACCUUUUCAACAACAGAUGUGACACUAAACAGUAGCAGCAGGGCCUGCCCCUGCCCAGCAGAACUGUGGUGGCAGCAGCAGUCGUCCCUCCCAGGGCUGCCCCAGGAGGGAGCCUGCAGCUCCCGAGCUGAAUGUACAGACA